CACGUCGCACUUGGCUGCAGCCGCCAGCUUUUACUGUUGUGUGUGUGUGUGUCUGUGAGUGUGUGUGAGUCCUGUUUGAAGUGUGUCGUCGUGUGCAUGUGCCAGUCAGGAAAAUCACUUCUAAACAUCCAGAGGUUGUACACGGGGGAAUGUAUGCAUCUGCUAUGAGGACGGAAACUGUGAUCACAAAAAGGGAGAAGUGACAGGAUCAUUUCUGCCCACAGUAUCCUGGAACUUGGAGUCGCUGCUGCUGCUGCUGCUGCUGUGCAACAGGGUCAUUAUGACAGAAGUGGCCCGUCCUGCUUCUAUAAUGGACUCUGAGAUGUUGCUCCAACCAGAAUCAGAUCAAAUGUCUCCCGCUGAAUUGAAGUCUCCACCUCUGGACAUGAUCGACACAGGAAAGGGGCUGAAGGUCCAGACAGCUACGCCUCAUCUGGUGAGCUUGGGCAGUGGGAGGCUGAGUGUGGCCAUCACACUGUUGCCAUUGAAAGAAGGUGUGACCCGCAUAGGCCGGGAUGAUGCACCCAUUCCUCAAGAUAUCACGAUCCAAGGGCCUGGCAUCCAAGCAGAGCACUGUCUCAUCUUCAAUGAAGGUGGUGUGGUGACCCUGGACCCCUGCGGUAAUCUUUGCAGUUUGGAUGGAGUCCAGGUCUCUGUGCCUACACCACUCACGCAGGGUUAUUCCCUUUGUCUGGGUAAAUCCUACUUCUUCCGGUUCAACCACCCCGAGGAGGCAAACAGAAUGAAGAGCAUGCUUCCACAAAAGAGCCCUGUGUCUGCGUUGGCCUACAACACAGACUACCUGAAGUUUAGCAGCGACUACAGCUAUGCAGUUGCAGGUGGCACCAGCAGUGCUAGGGGGAUGCGUUCAGCCUCCGAACUUCGGGACUUGAUGGACACCCUGCAGCGCAAGAAGAUUGCACUGGAGAACAGCUUGAGAGCCAAUGGGAAUGCCAACCCCUCUUACUUCAGUGUAACUCAGUCUCCACCCACGACACCUGUCUCAAGUCCUACCACAUCUUCAUCAGCGUAUCAGGAACAAGCAAGGCGAUUCUAUGGCACAGAUCGUCCACCCCUCUCUUUGAAAUCUGCUCCUCCACUUCCCCCGGGACGUCGAUCCGACCCUUCCUCUUAUCUCUCCUCCCGCACCUCAGUGGGCCGCAGCCAGGACAAUUUCAGCAUGAGCGAUAACCGACGACUGCAGAACCAGAGCUCUUCUUCUUUGCUGUCCACGUGGAAUGGUGGCGGCUCUUCAUCUUCUGUCGCUGGAAUGGAAAGCUCCCUCCAUUCCCGUCCUCCCUCGUCAUCGUCCCGCACUCCAUCGGCAGGAGGCGCAGUCAGCAUGCCCUCAAGCCCCCGCCUUGGUCGUCGUAGCUGUGGAAACCAAGAGCCAUCACCAACUAGUCGGCCGAGAAAGUAUUCGGCUGGCUCGCUGAACGGGCUGUUGGGAGGAGGGCACAGUCGCUCCCUGCCACGCCUCUGCCCCUCAUCCUCUCCUCAUGACAACAGCAACAGAGUGCUGACCUUGUCGACGCUGCCAUCACGACGGUCUGAUAUUGGUGGAAGUUACAAAUAUAGCAAAGACAACUACAACAACAACAGCCAGGACACCAACCACAACUCGUAUAUCUCCACACAACAGGCCUGCAAUAGGAAUCAAAUUCAGACCAAUUCUCAGGGAGAAGGUGUUGUGUCCAUCUCCCUCUCCUCCAUGAAGAACUUGCCGUCUACCACCUCUGCCAUCUCCGCUACAGCAGCACCUCCUGAUGUGACCAUCCCAUCCAAAGGGGGCUCUUCUUCCCCCCGUGUGGCCAAAAAACUCAGCCUGACUUCCUCCAGCACCAUCAGCCCCACAACUUCCAUCUCUUCAGACACUGAAUACUCUGCCAGCAAUGGAGUCAUACAAGACUACAAUUUGGUUGACAAGGAGAGGCGAGGGGCAGAUCUUGAAUUCACUGGUACCCAAGGUCUUGGAGAGAGGAGGUCGUCAUUUGGGAAGGCAGGGCUGGAACCUCGGAUGGGAUUUGGUGACAGGAGGUCCUCAUUUGGAAAGGCAGGGGUGACUCCACCAGGUGGGUUCAGGGAAAGAAGGGGAAGUAUCAGCUCACUGAGUGGGAAGGAAGAACUGACUGACUACCACCACCGUCAAAAAGAAGAGAGGCUGCGAGAGCAGGAGGUGGAGAGACUGGAGCGACAGCGGCUCGAGACCAUAUUGUCUCUGUGUUCAGAGCUGGGCCAGGCUGACAGGGAUGGAGGUGCCACGACAACAAGUCCCACUUCAGCAGUGGCAGAUCUCCGUAAAAUCAACCAGGAGCUGGAGAAGCUCCAAGUGAACAACGAUGACGACGACGCGCCUUCUGUCUUUUCUGACUGUUCAUCUGUCAUUGAAACCACUGGAAAUGGACGCAUCGCCUCUCCUCUGUCAGAGAAUGGCUUCUACGAUGAUGAACUACAGUUACGACAGAGGCGCAGGAGCGGUCACCGAGACAAUCGGGCAGAAUCUCCCACUGUCAGCUUGCGAAGCUUUGCCCCCUCACCUUCUCCACGUACACAGAGAACCAAUGAGGCUCUAGAGGAUGCAAUUCAGCACUGCAGACAGGAUUCGAGACCUUCAGAGGAGGAGGUGAGGCAAGUAAAGGAGGAGAGGAUCGAGGUGCUGAACAACAUGGAGGAGCUGGAGAGAAAAAUCAAGGAGCUGGACAACCAAAUAGACGAAUCUGCACGAGAGGUGGAGGUUGAACGAGCCCUUGUGGAGGCUGAGCAGGAGUCAGAGGUAGCUGCUCUCCAGCAGGAAAAAGAAGCCCUGGAAGCACUCCACAACAAGAUGACUGAACUAGAGACCAAGUCCCAACAGGAAAAGGAAAAGGCGUGUGAAUUGCUGCAGGCAGAGAGGGGCAGAGUAGAGAGGUUGGCUCAGAUUGUGUGUGAGCAGCGCUCCCAGCUGGACAGCUGCCCUGAGGCCACCAAGGAGCCCCUGCAGGAGCAGCUAGCCAGGGACUGCGAGGUGCUCGAGGCAGAGACGAAGCGUUUUGAGGACCUGGAGUUUCAGCAGCUGGAGCGAGAGAGCCGACUGGACGAGGAUAAGGAAACACACACACAGCAACUUCUGCGGGAGAUCGCCGAUUACCAGCGCAGCACAGUCACACGCAAGGAGCGACUAUUAACUCUGAGGAAGCAGGGAACACAGAUUACCCAGCAAGCUCAGCGAGAAAAGGAAAGCUUCGUUAAGGAGAGGAGCAACCUUGAAUCGAUGCUGCAAAGGGAAAAAGAAAAACUUGCGACACUGGAUGGAAAAUAUGCCGACCUCACCGGCAGCCGGGGUUUCACGCUGAGGGAGGGCUAUGUCACAGUCAGUGAAAUCAAUGAGCUUUACUCGCAUCGUAAGGGGGACCCUAAGUCCGCCCCUGCUCUGACCAAUGCCGCCCCUGAGUCCGAGGCAAACCCCUCCCCUGAUGACGAUACCACGAAGCCACAGGAGGAUGAGCAUUUCCGUUUGCUGGAGGAGAAGAGGAGGUCUGAAAGAGAAGGUGGUUCCCAUCUAAGUGACACAUUACCCAGGAAGAGAACCGCUCCCAACAUGACGCGCCAGUUCACGUGCGCGACACUCGGACGCAAUUUCCCGUCCAAGUCCCAUCCACCACUGGUACAGAGCACAAGUUGUGGUAGCAUUCUUCCAAGAAUCUUCUCAUUGUCCAGCAAGGAAACUGAAUCUCGGUCUUUGCAUAAAGGUCAGCCUGGCUCUCGAGCAGCUUCCCAGACAAAUGUCUACCUCGAUGCCUAUGGGUACCGUGACAACCAGGCAUUUGACACAAUGAGUGUGGACAGUACGGACUCCAUUGAAACUAGCAUCUCUGCCUGCUCUCCUGACAAUGUCUCCAGUGCCAGUACAUCAAACGUGGCCAAGCUCGAGGAGAUGGAGCGUAUGCUGAGAGAAGCUCAGGCAGAAAAGAACCGCCUUCUCGAGUACAAGGAGCAAGAGAUGGAAAUGCGAAAGCAGGCGCUGGAGGAGGAGAGGAAAAGGAGGGAGGACCUGGAGAAACGGCUACAGGAGGAGACGAGCAGACGCCAAAAACUCAUCGACCGGGAGGUGAAACUGCGAGAGAAACAAAGGGCACAGUCUCGGCCUCUAACACGGUACUUACCAGUGAGGAAGGACGAUUUCGACCUGCGGGCUCACAUUGAGUCAGCGGGCCACAGUGCAGACACGUGCUUCCACUUGUCCAUCUCCGAAAAGACCUGCAGAGGCUACUUGGUCAAGAUGGGAGGCAAAAUCAAAACCUGGAAGAAACGCUGGUUUGUCUUUGACCGCAACAGACGCACACUCUCCUACUACGCAGAUAAGCAUGAAGUCAAACUGAAAGGAGUCAUCUAUUUUCAAGCCAUUGAAGAAGUAUAUUAUGAUCACUUGAAGAAUGCACAUAAGAGUCCAAACCCAUCCUUGACCUUCAGUGUUAAGACUCAUGACAGAGUCUACUACAUGGUUGCACCCUCUCCCGAGGCCAUGAGGAUCUGGAUGGAUGUCAUUGUCACGGGUGCUGAGGGAUACACACAGUUCAUGGUGUAGUGGCGGUGUUAUGGGUGGCAGGAUUUGCCAAUCUAUUCCUUUUUUUUUCUAUAAAUGGACUUUUGAAACAUCUGAAUGGAUGAUGAUGAUAUUGUUGUCUUCUAUGCUGAAUCAUGAGCACAGUUCCUGUUGAGACCGCUGCCUUUAGUUAAAACUAAAGAUAUCAACAUAGCGUUUUAUCUGUGUCGUUUGCAGAAUGGGCGGGGUUUUCCAAUUUUAUGUGGACCAUUCCAUGUGAAUUAGUAAGCUGAUGAUGUAUUUGAUGGUAAUUCUGACAAUGUAAUGCAAUCGGGUCAAAACGAAGACAUGAAGUUCAGGAAAUUGGUGCUAGGGUGCGCUGCGGUGCUCGGUUGUAUCUCAAGGAUUUGUUUAGUGUGACUUUUACGAUUGAAAUGUUGACCUGCGUUUAUGACGAUAUGAGCUCACUGUAACCCCCCAUUUUUUUAUUUUAUCUAGUUUGAGUUCUAUAUUAUGUCCACAUAUAAACAUCUCAGUAUUAACAUCGUUCAGUCAUGGAAAAAUGUGUAAAGGGUUUUAAUGUGAGAUUUUUACUGUCAUUUUUUUUAUUCCAUUCUACAUGUACUAUAUAUAAUGCAUAUAAACUGAGUCAUGGUAGUUGAGUUGAUGUAUAUGUAUCAUUACUGUGGAAUUUUCAGAUCAGAAUUUAUAUCACAUAACCUUAUUGUAUCUCUUCAUUUUAUACAUAUAUAUACAGUAUAUUUACACAAAUAUUCUCAAACUUAAGCAGUGCCUGUUUUAUAUGCGUAUAUCAUUUACUUUGAGCCUCUAAUGAAUCUCCAAGGUGCUAUUCUUAGAGCGUUAGUAACACCUCUAAUCCAUGCCACAGCAUAUUUACCUUGGGAUAUAAUGAUACACAUGAUGUUUUAGUUCAGUCAGUCAUUAAAGAUGGAUUAGAUGCAUCAUUAUUAUUAACCGUGUCAACACAGGCUCAGAAACGAAGCUGAAACAAUUUGACAGUUAAAGCAGAGGAUUUAUUUGUGAUAUAUGUACAUUUUGUUGUAGUUAAAUGUAAAAGUAGUUACACAAGACUUAAUUAUUAUCCAUUAACUACUAAAGACUCCAGCCUGUGCCUUUUUUUUUAUUGUCAUAUUUUGUACUUUAUCAUGUGAAUUGUCUAUAUUUUUAAGAGCUCCUUGUAAUUUUACACUUCAAAUACCAAACUGUGAGAAAUGACACAGAAAUGGUCUUUGCUAAAACAGUCUUUUUUUCUCGUGUCGCUUAGACACAAUCUAUGGUACAAUCUGUGCAUUGAGACAGAUUAUUGUGCUGCUUUGACUCAUUAGCUUUCGAUGCGUUGAUGUUUUUCUCGUUUUACUGUUUCUCAUUGAUCACUAAAGCUGCUUCAAUCAUACUGCAUAAGAAAAAAGGUCUGUUUUCUGAUCGGUGCAUUUAUCAUCUUUUUCUUUCGUCUUACCGACCAAAGCGCAUGUUCAUGCGGUGCAAUAUAUAGACUACAUUAUAUUUAAAAGGUAUUCCGCGCUACUCAUUCUGUUAUAUUGCAGCGUUAUGCUAAAAGAAAUGUUAAAUUAAUUUCCCCCUAUCCGUCUAUUAUUAACAGGUUACACCGUGCAACACAGCAAAAAACUGAGUUUUAGAAAUGUAUGCAAUAUUAAAAUGAACAAACUGUGCUAAUUGUAAUUAUUUUAUGCUGAUCAUAUUAUACUGUAUUUAUGCCAUUACCCGUGCAUGCAUUUUUUGUAUUUCUACAUGAAUAAUAAAAUGUAUGUAUCUCUUUUUA